AGCAGAACAGAGCAGGGCGCGCGGGAGCGGGGAGAGGAGGAGGAGGGACGUUAGUGAGGGCGAGCGCGCGCGAUAGAGAGAGAGAGAGACAGAGAGGGCGAACGCGCGCGCCCGCCCGCACUUAGGGCCAGAUGAGGCAGCUGCGGACGGCGCGUGAGCUUCGCGAUUGCAUUGAAAAGGGCGGCAAUAGGAGCAGCAGCAGCAUCCAAGGCGGCGCGCGCCCCGCGUGUGUGUGUAUAUAUUGUGCCUUUCAAGCGAGCGAGCGCGCGCCUGCCUUUUCCUCACACACACGUUGCCUCGCUGCGUGAGGCUUCUCCGCGCUCUCCCUGCAGUGGAGAGGAGAGUCUGCGCCUCCUCCUUCCAUCCUCUCCCUUCGCCCGCCUGCAUAGAGGAUGCUCUGAAGGUCCUCCCUGCCUCCCUCAGUCACUCACUCAACCGACCGGCGCAUGCUUCCUCCGCCUUGAGGGGGCUCUCCCCAACCCCCAGCCAUGCCCCCAGCGGCUUCCCGCGGCCUCAGCCUCCUCCUUCUCUACAGAUGACCAAGAAAUAGGCGGGUUGCUUCUCCCUCUCCCUCCCUCCUCCCUGAGACAGACAACCCCCGACGGAGGAGGAUGCCGGGGCAAAAGGGAGAGCAGCCCCGUCGGAGGAGGGUGGGCAGCGCGGCCCCCGCGAGCCCCUUCUGACCCCCAGGGGAGAGAGAGGAGGAUGCGGCUGGUGCCCGAGCUGCCUUCCCGCUCGGCUUGAGGCGCCGCGUUACCUCCUCCUCUGCGCUCCUCAUGCGCCCGCCCGGGUCUUGGAUAUGGGAGCCCUCGGGGGCCCGGAGGCAGCCUGGUUCUCAAGGGCGGGCAGCGGCUCGGCCUGGAGCGGCAGCUGCUGUUGCUGUUGCUGACAUCGUGGAGGAGGAAGAAGGACCGCGCUCUCCCCUCCCCGGCGCCCUCCUUGACUGACUGACUUUAUUUUCGUGUCAGGAGCGACAUGAGAAACUACAAGUCGCUUCUGAUGUGAGAGAAUUGGCCGUCUGCAAGGUUGUUGCCCGGUUGUUUUGAUGUUUUGCCGUCCUUGUGGGAGACUUCUCUCAUGUCCCCGCAUGGGGAGCUGGAGCUGACAGAGGGAGCUCACCCGCUCUCCCCAGAUUCGAACCGCACAAGGGUCUAACCCAUUGCGCCACCGCUGGCUCCUGACUGACUGACUGGCAGAUACACAGAGGGAUUGGUUUCCAAGGAGCUGGAUAUUCCUUGAUCUCUGGGAACUUUGUUUUGCUUGGACUGACUCCUCAAAAGUUCUGGAAACCCUAUCCUCCCCUGAGAGACUGGCAGCAGCUUUGGAGAUUGGUCCUCCUGAGGCCAUGAGUCGCAUUCCUCCUCCUGGUGCUUCCGCCUGCUCCUUGCUUUGAGGCACAAUCCCUCCCCCUUGGUGUUGGGGCAUGUCCCGCUCCAAUAGCGUGAGCCCUCCGGGGUUUGGUGCCUCUACUGCUGCUGCCGCUGCUGCUCUGUCCAGAGGUGGAGGUGGAGGAGAGCAGCACCGCUCUGCCUGGGGGGAGGCCGCCUCUGCCUCUGCCGAGUCCAGGGCCAAUGGCUACUCCUACCCACUCCCUUCCAGGGCCUCCUCGCUCAGGAGGUCUUCCCCCAUGGCAAGCAGGUGGAGGAGCGAGGAAGACUAUGAGCUCCCAGGCGGAGGAAGCAGGAACCCCCACGGGGUGAGUGGCUGCAGGAUGCUGAGCUUCAGGUCCAAAUCCGCCUGGCAGGACCACCACGGAGGCCUUGACAAGGGCCAGCCGCCCUCACUGGGCACCAGCCCCAGGCGUUACGGCGCGGAGCAAGGCGAGGUGCGCCCACGCUCUGUAGAGCUUGGCCUGGAGGAGAAGCGCAUCAAGGCCAAGAUCGAGGAGCUGGAGGAGGAGGAGGAGCGGCUGGAGGACGAGAGGAGGUCCCAGAGGGUCUUCUCCCUGGGCCGCUGCUGCGCUGCCCUGCUGCAGGUCUUCAGGUCCAAGAAGUUCCAGUCAGAGAAGCUGGAGCACCUCUACCAGCGCUACUUCUUUCGCCUCAAUCAGAGCAGCCUGACCAUGCUGAUGGCCGUGCUGGUCCUGGUCUGCCUGGUAAUGCUGCUCUUCCACACAGUCCAUGGCCGCUACCAGGUGCCCUACGUGGUGGUGCUGUCCCUGGCCAUCCUCCUUAUGGUGGCCCUGGGCGCCGUCUGCAACCGCAACGACUUCCACCAGGACCACAUGUGGCUCAUGUGCUACUCCGUCAUCCUCGUGGUGUUUGCCGUGCAAGUGGUCGGCUGCUUGCUGAUGCAGCCCCGGAGUGCCUCUGAAGGCAUUUGGUGGACUAUCUUUUUCAUCUACAGCAUAUACACCUUGCUGCCGGUCAGGAUGAGGGCUGCUGUCAUCAGCGGCAUGGUACUGUCUGCCAUCCACCUGGCCAUUUCUCUCAAAAUCAAUGCAGAAGACAAGUUUUUACUGAAACAGCUGGUAUCCAACAUCCUCAUCUUCAUCUGUACAAACAUUGUAGGGGUGUGUACACAUUAUCCAGCUGAGGUGUCCCAAAGACAGGCAUUUCAGGAGACCAGGGAAUGCAUCCAAGCCCGUCUACAUUCUCAGAGAGAAAACCAGCAGCAGGAGCGCCUCCUGCUCUCCGUACUUCCUCGCCAUGUUGCCAUGGAGAUGAAAGCUGAUAUUAAUGCCAAAAAAGAAGAUAUGAUGUUUCAUAAAAUUUACAUCCAGAAGCAUGACAAUGUUAGCAUUCUUUUUGCGGACAUAGAGGGCUUCACCAGUCUGGCCUCCCAGUGCACUGCUCAGGAGCUGGUGAUGACGCUGAAUGAACUUUUUGCCAGAUUUGAUAAACUUGCAGCUGAGAAUCACUGUUUACGUAUAAAAAUCCUUGGCGAUUGCUAUUACUGUGUAUCUGGAUUACCUGAAGCAAGAGCCGAUCAUGCGCACUGCUGUGUUGAAAUGGGAAUGGAUAUGAUAGAGGCCAUCUCAUUAGUGCGAGAGGUAACGGGCGUCAACGUCAACAUGCGUGUUGGGAUCCACAGUGGGAGAGUUCACUGUGGAGUCUUGGGCCUCAGAAAAUGGCAGUUUGAUGUGUGGUCAAAUGAUGUCACGUUAGCCAACCACAUGGAAGCAGGUGGCAAAGCAGGGCGAAUCCACAUAACAAAAGCUACAUUAAACUAUCUGAAUGGUGACUACGAAGUGGAGCUGGGUUUUGGCGGGGAACGCAAUGCUUAUCUCAAAGAGCAUAGCAUAGAGACUUUCCUCAUUGUACGAUGCAGCCAAAAAAGGAAAGAAGAGAAAGCAACAAUAGCCAAGAUGAAUCGUCAGCGCACUAAUUCCAUUGGCCACAACGCUCCACACUGGGGAGUGGACCGCUCUUUUUACAACCACCUUGGCAGUAAUCAGGUUUCCAAGGAGAUGAAAAGAAUGGGUUUCGAAGAUCCGAAUAACAAGAAUAUUCAGGAAAAUAUGAAUCCAGAAGAUGAGGUGGAUGAGUUCCUGGGCCGAGCAAUUGAUGCCAGAAGCAUUGAUCGCUUACGUUCUGAACAUGUCCGGAAGUUUCUCUUAACAUUCAGGGAGCUUGACUUGGAGAAGAAGUACUCCAAACAGGUAGAUGAUCGAUUUGGUGCAUACGUGGCAUGUGCCUCCCUAGUCUUCCUCUUCAUCUGCUUCGUUCAAAUCACAAUUGUGCCACACUCUGUAUUUAUGCUGGCAUUUUACCUGACCUGUUUUGUGAUCCUGACCACCGUAGUGUUUGUUUCAGUUAUUUACUCCUGUGUAAAGCUUUUUCCAGCUCCACUGCAGACCCUUUCAAGGAAGAUUGUUCAGUCCAGGACCAAUAACACCAUAGUUGGGGUCUUUACUAUUGUUCUGGUUUUCUUCUCAGCCUUUGCCAACAUGUUCACAUGCAGCACUGUGGACCUCCUCCAUUGUGUGGCUGAAGAGUAUAACAUCACCCCACAUGAAGUGGACAUGUGCCAUAUUAACGACUUUGCCUCCAAUUAUAGUCUGGGGACAGCGCAGGGAUUAUGUGCUGGCUCCCAGCCAAGCUGCAACUUUCCAGAGUAUUUUACCUAUAGUGUCUUACUGAGCCUCCUGGCCUGCUCUGUGUUCCUUCAGAUCAGCUGCAUCGGGAAACUCAUUUUGAUGUUGAUUAUUGAAUUUAUAUAUGUACUCAUUGUGGAAGUGCCGGGGCUUACCCUCUUUGAUAAUGCAGAUCUCCUGGUUACAGCCAAUGCCGUUGUGUUUCCCAAUGGGACGUCAAAUGGAAUGUGUCCUCCAAGUGUGUCCCGGGUGGCCCUCAAGAUUGUAACCCCUGUCGUGAUCACAGUGUUUGUGUUGGCGGUCUAUCUCCAUGCUCAGCAGGUGGAGUCGACAGCACGGCUUGAUUUCCUCUGGAAGCUUCAGGCCACUGAAGAAAAAGAGGAGAUGGAGGAACUACAGGCCUACAACAGACGGCUUCUCCACAACAUCUUGCCAAAGGAUGUGGCAGCCCACUUUCUUGCACAGGAGCGGAGGAAUGAUGAACUCUACUACCAGUCCUGCGAGUGCGUGGCCGUCAUGUUUGCCUCCAUCUGCAACUUCUCAGAGUUCUAUGUAGAAUUGGAAGCCAACAAUGAAGGAGUGGAGUGCUUGAGGCUUCUUAAUGAAAUAAUUGCUGACUUUGAUGAGAUCAUAAGUGAGGACCAGUUUCGACAGCUGGAAAAGAUCAAAACCAUAGGCAGCACAUACAUGGCUGCUUCUGGCCUUAAUGAUACCACUUAUGACAAAGUGGGCAAAACACAUAUCAAGGCCCUGGCUGACUUUGCAAUGAAGUUAAUGGAUCAAAUGAAAUACAUUAACGAGCACUCAUUCAACAACUUCCAGAUGAAAAUAGGGCUCAAUGCUGGUCCAGUGGUAGCUGGGGUCAUCGGUGCACGUAAGCCCCAGUAUGAUAUUUGGGGGAACACCGUGAAUGUAGCCAGUCGCAUGGACAGCACAGGUGUGCCCGAUAGGAUUCAGGUGACCACGGACAUGUAUCAGGUUUUAAUAGUCAACAACUAUCAGCUAGAAUGCCGAGGGGUUGUUAAGGUCAAAGGUAAAGGAGAAAUGACUACCUACUUCUUAAAUGAAGGCCCAUCAGCAAGUUAGCAGCAGUGGGCAAAAAGGACUCUCAAGAAUGGCUCAGUUUGAUUCCAACACCUCAGUAAAUUGGAGAAAAACCUGCUGUUCUUCAGCGAAUCUAAUACAAAGGCAUGGAUGAGGUUUUCAUGUGAUGCCUUCCUAGCAGGAUUGUGUGCAAGAAAAAAACCAGUUUGGGCUACAGAGCACAGAAGUUACUUGGCACUGCUGUGGAUCUCCCCCCACCCUCCAAGUUUAAACAUUAAGUGAAUUGACCAAAGAUUUAUGCUUAAUGGAAUUUGAAGACACAGAUUUAAGAUCUUCAAUGAGGCUGCUAAGCAGGACUUAAGAUAUUUAAGUAUUUAUUUCAAGUAACAAUGUUUUUACUUGGUUGAAGGAAAGUAUGAUUCAUUGCGACAAAAGGAAAAAAUGAAGAGCAUUACUUUGGAAAGGCUGUGCACUUCCAUACUAUUUCUGGUCUGUGCUGUUCAGCUCCUUGAAGUAUACCACUGUUCCUUUAUUAAGUGUUUGAGUGGGCUUUGAAAAUUAAAAAUGCCACCCACUUAUGCUGUAUUCAAGGGGCCUUCCUAAGAGUGCCACGAGUAAGGUUUUUACAUUGGAAAAAGAUGCCUUGUUACGUACUUCUACCGUCCCUACACUAGAUGUGAGACGUAUUCUUUUUACCAGGACUGAUGCAUUAAAAAGAGAGAUUAAGAGUGAGCUUUGCUUAAGGUGAGGAAAAUGACUCUUCAAACAUACUCAUCACAUGAAAAGGCCUUCGUGCUCCUGUUUGGUGCAUAUCUGUUUACAUGUGAAUGAUUAGCUGUCAGCAUGAAACACGUGGACAAGGAGAUUUCUCUAAAGUGUGAGGGACUGCUGGUUUUGGUGUGGGCUUUUUAAAGGAUUUUUUAAUAUAGACGAUACUGAGUUCUAAUACAUCCAAAUUCUAUAUUUUGUAAACUCUCUGAACAGGCACACAAGAAGUAAUCCAUUUGUAGUGGGGUGCACCAAAUUGCUUUGUGGAGGGAUGUGAAGCAGGGUUGGGCCACUGCCAUGCAGCCAACUAAUUUAGCCCUGGCACCUAGAGUGGCAUCUGCCAACCAUGAGGCAGAGCAGAGAUAUAUUUGGACUCUGUCUAGCACCCCUUAGCAGCUGAGCCGCUUCUAUGGCAUCACCAUGAGUGAAGAUUCCUGGUAUUUGGAAGGGGGUCAAGUGUUGCCGAGGGUGAACCCACACACUCCCUCCCCCCUCCCCCGCCUGGUUCCCUUUGAGGGUCGGUCAGGGCUAUGCAAUGUUUCUGCCCUCCAGUUCUGGCUCAGCCGUGGGGCUGUGCACAUAGGGCAAAGUGGGAGAUGUACAUAAGCUAUCGAAUUGUGUGACGUUCUUUUCAUUAUUUUCUGAAUUGCAGACUUGGCAGUUUUCAGACAAACCCUGUACAGGCCAGGAAAGAAACCUAAUAAAUCCAAACGAAGGGAUGCUUGAGUUUGUUUUGAAGAAAGUAAGUGCAUGAAAUCUAUGAUCAUGCAAACAAGGAAAACCAAAAAGACAGAAUAACCAUAUUCAUUAAUGGUAUUAAAAGGAGAUGGGUUCAAGAAGUAAUUAAGAAACAAUUCUGAAAUUGUUAUUUGUCAGAGGAAUUAUAGUGACAAUUACUUCCGUUGUGUAUUUGAACUAAAGCAGAUGAGGCAAGCUUUUCUUUUUGGAAGACUGUAUGUUUACAACUCGUAUAUUAAUUGCCUGUAGUGCUUCUACAGAAUCUUACCUAGAAUUUUUUGCAUUCUUGGACUGAUGUUGUGGAAGUUUUAUUCUUAGUUUGUACUGACUGCGGAACUCACUUUGAAGAUUUAAGCAGGUUUUCCCCCAUCAGAACCAAGCAAUUAAUGCCAUUGCUAGAGCCUGUGAGGAUAUUGUUUGUCCUCUCCUGCAGAACAAAUUGGGAAAAAAAGAGAGCCAGGGUCUUGAGUUAAAAGAAAGAAGGGAAUUCUUAAUAGAUGCAUUACUGAAUUAAAUACAUUUUGAACUUUCAAAGGAAAAGUUCCCUCCGUAUUUUAUUAAAAUAUAUAAAUGCAUGAAAAGCCUAUAUUUUUAUAUUUCAGGGGGGAUUUUGAUAUUAAAUUUGGCUGUCUCAAAAUGACACAAACUUUUGACUAUUUUUUCCACUUCUCUCAGGGCAGAAUUUCCAUAAUGUUAAUAACCUAAGGAUUGCCCACUGCUGGCAUUUAAGGCAUGGGCUUUUGUUUCUAUAUUUGAUCAAGGAAUGAAAACCAUGGUCUCAGUGAAGUUGUCAUAAUGCUCAACACAACUGUAGCAUUGACCUGUUUUAAACUAGAGUUUCAACAGUCUCUCGCUCUUGUUUCAAUCCCUUCCUUUGCAAUAGGGCAUAUCCUGGAACAGUAGCAUAGCCUGACUUCUAGAAAACUGCCAAGUCUGCCCUUGUACUAUAUUUUUGAACCUUUAGAGAAAUCCCCAUCUGAUUUGCAAAGGUUUUUAUACAGUAUUGCAGCUUGUUCUUCAUCACCUUCCUUCCACCCUUUGUUUUUGCCAUCAUUUACCACUUUCAGAUUUUAAUUAAUAGCACAACAACAUAGGAUCAUUUUGUUUUCAGUUUGCCUCCUGCUUUGAAGUGUGCAUUCUUAACAUUUGAGCAGACCACCUUGCGCGAUUGUGUUGUCAAUGAAAUUUUCAGUCGCCUGUAUCUCUGACUGUGAUUGUUGACUGUGUCAUGAUCAUUUCAAGGGGUAUGCACUCUUUAUUUGGGCUCUUGCAAAAAUUGAUACAGUUAUGAUUUCCCAUGGAAAUUGCAAUCUGUUUAAGUAAUUUAACAACUAUAUUAAACACUGUUUAAAUUGUGAA